AUGAGAGAUAUCACAAACUCACAAAAUUCUAGUCAUAAUAAUCAUAAAUUACAAAUUUCAAAUGAUAUACCCAGGUCCAACACAGCUAAAGCGCAAUAUGUCACCAGUCCAAUUGGCAAAGUUUACACAACCAGAGAAUAUCAAGACCCAUUGCAGGAGUUAUUAAUCGAGAGUAGACAAAAACUAUCAAAUCUUAAAGUAUCCUUACCAGAGAAGAAUCUAAGUCCUAUAAAAUCAAUACCCAAAACCCCACCUUCAAAUAAGUUCAAAACCAAUUUUCUCAUUUUUGAAGAUGAUAAUGGUGGUGUCAAAGAUAGAGAUAACACUAAUCGGGAAUCAAAUUCAAUAUUUAAUGAUAAUAUCAUUGAUGAAAUACCUCCAUUACAAUCCACUCCAACAAAAUUUAAACAAUCAAAAAUAGGCGCUCAACUUCUUUCUACUCCACCAUCACUAAAAUCCUCAAAAAUUCAAAAACUCCCAAUCAGAAAGAAACAACAAAAGAAAAUAGAAUUCUCAACACAUAACGAUCAACACGAAUUUCAGAAAGAAGAGCAAGAAGAAGAUGAUGAAGAUGAAUUAGCUUGUCACGCAAAUCAUAUUUUAAAAAUGGCAAUUGACUCAACAAUGUUCAAUUCUAUGAAUUCUUCAUUAACUUUACAAAAUAUCACAGUAAAUAAUAAUAAUUGUAAUGAUAGUUUAAAUGAUGAGUUCAGAAAACAACUCAAACAUAAAGUUUUUGACAUUAAUGAUGAAGAAAUAAGAGCUGCAGUUAAUGGGUGA